ACGUUAUGUGUGUCCUGAGAAACCCGGCGGGUCUGCUGGAACCCCCAACCCCAAACCCUGCCGUUCCGGUCGGACCGUUGCCGCCAGAUCCGUUCGCUGUCCGACGGCUCAGUGUCUGGACUACAUCUCCCGGCAUUCUCAGCGAGACUCGUCAGACAGGGAGCGGAAGUGAAGCGGAAUGGCUGGAGUCUGAAACGCACGAGAUUGUACCUGCUGGAAAUGGUUAGAACAGGAAAUACCGAGCAGCGUACCGGAAACACCGGGAGAAGCUGCAGUCAUGCCGCGGAGGAAGCAGUCUAACCCGCAACCGGUGAAAUGGGGCAGUGAGGACCCGCUGGACUCCAAUCCCAGCAGCCUUGUGCUGGACUCCAAUCCCAGCAGCCUCGUGCUGGACAGAGACCUUCUCCUCGGCCAUGACCUGGAGUUCUCGGACAGCAGUGAGCGGCUCCUCUCCCUCGCCAAGGACUCAGAGGAUUCUGUGGUUUGUAAGCUGGAGAUCCCCAGUUACUCGCUGAGUGAGGACGAAUACUCGGGUUACCGUCCGUUCGGCGCCGACAGUGAUGCCGAGGAGGUGGGGGUAACGCUGCCGUCUCCCUGCGGUCAGUGCGGGACGCCGCUCGGCGGCACUUCACGCUGUCUGGACCUGGCUUUUGGGCAUCGCUGUUCGCCCCUCCUCCCCUCCGCUUCCUCAGCUGGUGGGACUUCUCCUUCUUCGGGCAACUUCCCUGCCCCCGCCGCGGAGGCCGCGUCUCAGGGGCAGAAAGAACGGACGCUCUUCGCCUGUAAAUUGUGCUCCUUCUGCACCUACUACUCCAGUCACCUCAAACGCCACAUGAAGACCCACAACGGGGAGAAGCCGUUCCGCUGCCCCCACUGUCACUACGCCUCGGCGCAGCUGGUCAACCUGAAGCGGCACCUGCGCACGCACACCGGGGAGAAGCCCUUCCGCUGCGAGCACUGCAGCUUCUCCUGCAGCAGCCCAGGUAAUCUGAAGAGACACCAGCGAGUUCACACCCAGGAGAAGCCCUACGCCUGCAAUGUAUGCCCUUACCGCUGCAACCAGAGCCGCAACCUUAAACGCCACCUUCUAGGGCACCGUAGGAGGGGGCAAGAGAGGCAGCACCAUGGGGCCAGGACCGUGGGUGCUGAGGAGGAAGGAGAUGAUGGCGAGGAUGAGGAGGAACGAAAAUGCCCAGAAGGCCGCGCAGUUGAUGUUCUCGCCGUCCCAGUCACUCCCAGUAAGGAUGGUGUCUUCCUGCCGAGCAGCCCGGGCCGGGCCCUCUCCUCCCCGCACUCCUCCCCGCGCUCCUCCCCCCCGCCUGACGACGCUCUCCCGGAGCUGCUGUUUCCUUUCACCUGCCGCUCCUGCGGGGUGGUCCUAGAGGAGGGCAGCCACCCAGAUGAUAAGGAUGAGGAGGAUCCAGUACUGGAGUCGCAGUCUUGCACCCGCUGUAGCGCUGCUGUGGCUGGCAGCCCUGGCAAGGGCUUCUGCUGCGUCUUGUGCUCUUUCGUCACCCACUACCCCAACCACCUCUCUCGGCACAUGAAGACCCACAGCGGGGAGAAGCCCUACAAGUGUCCGCUCUGCUCCUACGCCUCGGCGCACUACGAUAACCUGAAGCGCCACCAGCGGGUGCACACGGGCGAGAAGCCCUACAAGUGCCAGCUGUGCGACUACGCCUGCGGCAACCUGGCCAACCUGAAGCGCCACGGCCGCAUCCACUCGGGGGACAAGCCCUUCCGCUGCGGCCUGUGCGCCUACAGCUGCAAUCAGAGUAUGAACCUCAAGCGCCACAUGCUGCGGCACACGGGAGAGAAGCCCUUCCGCUGUGCACAGUGCCACUACACCACCGGACACUGGGACAACUACAAGCGCCACCAAAAGACCCACGGCCACUCGGUGGAAGGCUGGGUCAACCCGCAGCGCCGCUGCGACAAUACCGCCGAUCCUGUGGCCUAACCAGUCCCAGCC